AUGGGAUGGCCGAACCGAACAGGCCGGGCCCUCGUAGCCUUGGCCGGGCUCUUGGGCGCGGUCAACGCCCAGGGCUACUUUGGCACAGUGCAGAACGAGAUCGCAAGUUGUGGAAGUGACAACUUCAUCUACCUAGGAUGCUAUGCAGACUUUCUCAACCAAGCAGGAGCAAACUUCUUUCAGUUCAACGCGCAGGCGUACAAUUCUGGCGAUCCUUCGAGGAGUUUCCCAGACUGGGAUCCUGGCAGCAAUUACAAUAACACCAUGUCACCGGUCGGCUGCGCCCGGGUCUGCAGGGGAUUUGGGUUCAAGUAUGCGGCAGUCAGGGACAACAACUGCAACUGCGGUCUCCAGCUGCCAGCGGCUCUCGUGCCGGGCCUUGACACUUUUUGCAACGUGCCCUGCGGCGGCAACUCCCUCCUGACUUGUGGCGGCGGCAACUAUGCCCAAGUUUAUAUCGACCCGACGUUUGCCAGCCCCCUCUAUACGCCCAUCACAACUCUGAACGCGACUUUGGCCAACUAUUACAAGUAUCUUGGCUGCUACUCAAUCUCGAAUGGCUUCCCAACCCAAGAUCCUCGGGCCCAGCAGACUUUUACCAGCAUUGACGAUUGCUUCUCAACCUGCGCCGCCCUGGGAUAUCCGCUAGUUUUUGGCUCACCUCAGGGGUUCUGUACUUGCGGUACAUCGUUUGGCUAUCCCUCAUAUCGAGUGCAUCCUGAGCUGCUACCAACCCCGGGAGACUGCACCCAUGUUUGCAAUACUCCCAACGGAGCCGGAGGGGACUGCGACCCAACCACGACACGAUGCUGCGGGACGUCCAACUACUAUCCCGUCUACAUCAACCCGGAGCUUCAAGGCUGCUACACGCCCCAGAUCCCCGGCUACAAGAGCACCAGCACACAGGUAUUAUACGAAUGCGAUGAUAUCGACAGCAGCUAUUUUGGACCGCCACAUAGUCUGCCCCUCGGACUGUACCCCUUGAGCCAAACCAUCAACGCCGUACCAGCCCUGGUCCACCCUCUCCAUGUAGUGGGCGGCGCAAGAGAUUACUACAUAUAUGGUUGCUAUCCCCAGCAGGCUCUGAACCAAGGCGGAGUCACGGGAGUCUUCGCCCCUGCUCUAUCAGUCCAAGUCCCAGGCUUUACCCCGGCGACGCUCGAGAACUGUGCAGCGCAAUGCAACACGAGAAACUAUGACGCUUUCGGCAUGAUCAAUGGCGUGUGA